AUGGUGCCAUCGGUUUUGGCAGAAUGGAUAGCAACCGUUGUGGUGCCUGACUCUGGAGUUGCAGCUUCAACGCUAGAAUCGAAAGGCUUGGCUGUACUCAAGGUUUGCGACUUGAAAAAAGCCACCAGCCAUUCAGCCCACACGCCGAUGGAAGCUCCUGGUACUCCCCAAUCAUCCAAUUCUUGCCAUCAGCCGCAACAACAAAAGGGGACUGCAAGCAACAGAAACCGACGCAACAAUUGUCACGGCGCAAACACAACAACAACACUGCACCAAGGCACUGCAGCGACACGUGGCAAUACUUCUAACAGUGGGCGGAAGCGCCCAGCACACCAAAUUAGCAGGAGUUCUGCUCCCAAUCCACAUACUAUGCCAUAUACUGCACUACUAGCGUAUUCAAAUUCUGGACUACCCUACCCGGGGUGUGGAGCAACUGCAACGACCGUGUUCGCUCCCUACGCUGUUAGCACAAACGGUACCGAUGGAACUGGUCCACAGUUUGGAUCCAUGCCACCCCACUACGAGUACCAAAAUUAUCUUCAACAACUACAUAACCCCUCGUUUGCAGCAGCUUCGUCACCCCCGAAUCCAAACCGGGCUUUGACCGGUGGUGUGGCAAACGGCCAACAACACAUUCCGAAUCCUCCCAACCGUGGAGCUGGGGCCAGUGGGAUUCAUUCUCAAAACACGGCACCGCCAGAUAGAAAUAGACCUGCCAGCGCUCCAGUAAAUGGCAACACAAACAAUGAGUCCAUAACUUGUGCUGGAGAUGGCAACGUGCCAAAGACGCCCCAAGAAUUUUCCUUUUUAAACCAACUAUUGGGAAUGGGCUUUCAAGAUCGCGAAGAAGUCAUGUUAGGUAUUCGACAAUCGAAUGCGUCCACUGCAGAUGAAAUAAUGAUGUGGAUCAUCCAGCAACGUGAGGAACGGGAGGAAGCACGCAAAAUGGACGAGGCUCGGUUUCGUAGUGAACAGUUGCGAAAAGACAAUGCAGAGAAACAGAAGCGGGCGUUUCAAGAGAGAUUGGAUGCUGCAAAAAGCCGAGAUGAUUUUCGCAACAUUUUUGGAAAGCACUCUUGGGUACUGGAUAAUCUCGAUGAUGCACAUUUCCGACGGCUAGUAUCGCGCCACAAGGAUGUACUAGUCAGGAUAGUGAAGCUCGAAUCCAGCACGCGUAAAUGGUACCAAGACAAAUUACCGACAUGUUACUUUAGAGAUUUGUGCCAUCGGAGCAAUCAACAAGCGGUAAGCGAAUUUGAUUCUUGGUUAAUUGGGGAAUGUGAUACGUUAGAAGCUGGUCUUUACAAACUGGAAUUUCAGCAAGGUGGGGUACCAAAGCUGUUUCUCCAAGCGCAAGAAAAUCAUCCCGAGUAUGGCGAGAGUGGAGAAAACGACGAGAGCGAUGACGAAAUCGUCUUUUGCGGGAUUCGGCAAUCUGAGGGUGUCAACUAA